AUGCUCUCCAACCUCAUCAACCUUGUCCCAAUGGCCCUCUUCGGCGGGGCCUUGGCAGCCCCCAGUCCCAUCGACCCAGCGGUGCGCGUCUGCUACGCGACGGAGACGCCCAGCCAGCUGUGUUAUACCGCACCUGACAACAUCCCGCAAGACGUCCUCGUUGAGGACGUCCAGUUUAUUGCGUCCUACCUGCGCUCGUACGGUGCCCAGAUCAGGACCGGCCGCCUCUUCAACAUGGCGGCUGCCGACGCGCCCGAUUGCGGCGAGUGGCUCGUCUACGCCCACGGCACCGCGCAGGCCUUCGCCAAGCACAUCAACAACACCGUCAACUCGAGCGUGCUCUUUGCUGACAUCGCCACCACCAUCGACGGCGGCGUCGGUGCCAGCGAGGCCCAGAUUGCUGCCUCCCUGCUUGGGUGCGGCACCGACGGCGGGUCGCUCGGGGUGCUCGUCAACACCGCCAACCCGACUUACUCGGGCUCGACCUACCCUGCCGGCUAUGUCACCGACGGCAUCAUCAUCAAGAUUGUGGCUUCGGGAGCGUAA